AUGGUGCCAGCUAAGCCAAGGGUCCUCUACUGGUUCCGGACCGAUCUUCGAUUACAUGAUUCCCCAGCUCUGAAAGCUGCCCUUGACCUGAAGCCUGAAUGUUUGUAUCCUAUAUGGUGCUGGGAUCCGCAUUAUGUAUACCGUGCGAGGGUAGGGCCGAAUAGAUGGCAGUAUCUACUCGACUGCCAAUCCGACCUCUCUGCCUCCAUCACCAAGCUCAAUCCCAAGUCGAAGCUUUUCGUCCUCCGGGAAGCACCGCAGACGGUGCUAGCGAAGCUGUUCAAGGCGUGGAAGAUCUCGCAUCUGGUCUUCGAGAAAGAUACCGAUGCAUAUGCCCGACAAAGAGACGAAGAUGUUAUCAAGCAAGCGGAAGAGGCAGGAGUGGAGGUCAUUGUCAAGAUGGGCAGGACGCUAUAUGAUCCGGACGAGCUGGUGAAGGCGAAUGGAGGAAAGCCGACUAUGAGUAUCACUCAGGUGCAGCAUGCAGCAGAGAAGCUGGACGAAGUCGCAAAACCAGUCCCAACCCCAGAGUCUCUUCCCGACCCCGGCAACGCAUCCCUUGAUUUCGAGCAUACCCCGCCCUCCCCGAAGCCCGACUUCAACGACAUCCAGCGCAUUGACAUGGAAAGUUCCUACACCCAUCUUGCCGGACCUGAAGGCGACUUCGGGGUCCCUACCCUUUCCGAACUUGGUCUCAAACCUGCAACAACCCAGCAUCGGGGUGGUGAGACCCUUGCCUUACGCGCCCUAGACGAGAUAAUCUCCAACAAAACCUACACAGCAACGUUUGCCAAACCCGCAACAGCACCCACAGCGUUCGACCCCCAGUCAACAACCCUGCUAUCUCCACAUCACCACUUUGGCUCCCUCAGCGUACGGCUCUUCUACUGGCGCGUAAUGGAUGUACUCAAGGAGUAUAAAGGCAAGCAAAGCACCAUCCCUACGAACUUAAUCGGGCAACUGCUCUUCAGAGACAUGUAUUUCGGAGCUCAAACGGCUCUCGGCUAUUCCUUUGCUCAAACACACGGCAACAGCCAUUGCAGAUUCAUACCCUGGCAUCUCCCUUCCAAAGUCGAUCCGUCCAAUGGCCUCGUAACCGGUGACCACCAUAUCGACAGUCCCGAAGCCGAGACGUGGUUCGAUCGCUGGAAGUGGGGCAAGACAGGCUUUCCCUGGAUCGACGCUCUGAUGCGCCAACUCAGGCAAGAAGGUUGGAUACACCAUCUCGGCCGUCAUGCCGUAGCUUGCUUCCUGACCCGUGGUGGCUGCUACAUUGACUGGGAGCGUGGCGCCGAAGUCUUUGAAGAAUGGCUCAUCGAUCACGAAGUCUCCUGCAACAGCGGUAAUUGGCAAUGGCUCUCGUGCACAGCUUUUUAUUCGCAAUUCUAUCGCUGCUAUUCGCCAAUCGCGUUUCCUAAGAAGACGGAUGCGAAGGGCGACUUCGUACGGCACUUUUGCCCUGAGCUCAAGGAUUAUCCGGAGAAAUUCAUCUAUGAGCCAUGGAAAGCGCCUGUAGCGGAUCAGAAAAAAGCGGGUUGUUUGAUCAAGGGUGACGGCCAGGAGACGGAAGACGGAGGGAUGAAAGUCUAUCCGAAACCUAUGUUUGAUUUUAACGCUCGCCGUUCUAUCUGCUUAGAUGCAAUGAAAAGCGCAUACCACAUUAACCUCUACGGUGAUAACCUCAAAGUCAAAGAUGGGACAUGGCGCGAGCUCUUUCCUGACUCGGCCGAGGGCCCAACGGAGGGGAAGAGCGCAAAGGAUGCGAUCAAUGGUGAGGAGACGGGGAAAAAGACAAGGCCGAAGAGGGGCGAGGAGGCGAGUGGCGACAUGGGCGUUGAUCAGGAUGAGGGCGAGGCAGCGGAGGUUGGUGGGGAGACGAAAGGCGGUGAUCAAGAGGGAAAGAGUCCUGGAAAGAGAAAGAGAAAGGGGCAGGGGACGUUGGAUGCUCAUUUUGGGGGAAAGAGGACGAAGAAGUGA